AGAGGGGUGGAAUUGGUAGUCUAGUGUGCCGGUGUGGCAGACAUCCUCCACCGGGGUCGUGUCAGGAUCCAGCGGCGGUGGCGACUGCUGCUGCGGAGGAGGAGGAGGAGGAGAGGAGGAGGAGAAAGGAAGAAGGAAAGAGGAAGCAGGAGGGAGGGCCAGUCUGCGCCUCUUCACCGUGAUGAAGAUGAUGAUGAAGAAUCCGGCUGAUACGGGACCAUUUAAAGUUUGCAAGAAAGUAGGGGAUGAUACCACAAUGGCUGCACUUCCGGUGUCCUUUCGAGAUCACCGCAAAUGACUUCCUCUCGCCGCAAAACACACCAAAAUACAACAGGGUGGUCAGAGCCUUUGGUGGUGUGCGUUGGCGCACCAUGGCCCAGACCCUCCAGAUGGCGAUCCCGAACUUUGGAAAUAACGUUUUAGAAUGUUUGAAUGAGCAGCGGCUGCAGGGGCUCUACUGUGACGUCUCGGUGGUGGUCAAGGGACAUGCCUUCAAGGCCCAUCGUGCUGUGUUGGCUGCUAGCAGUUCUUACUUCCGGGACCUUUUCAGCAACAGCGGCGGUAGCGGAGGCUGUAGCGGCAGCGAGGCCAGUCCAACGGUGGUGGAGCUUCCGCCGGCCGUGCAGCCUCAGAGCUUCCAGCAGAUUUUGGCUUUCUGCUACACGGGUCGUCUAAGCAUGACGGUUGGGGACCAGUUCCUCCUCAUGUAUACUGCCGGAUUCCUGCAGAUCCAACAGAUCAUGGAAAAAGGCACUGAAUUCUUCCUUAAGGUCUCUUCCCCCAGCUGUGACUCACAAGGUCUUAAUGUAGAGGAGGCUCCACCGUCUGAGCCUCAGAGCCCCGUAACACAGACCGCUACCAACGCAGCCCGGCCCGCUGCAAGCUUGACGCCCCUCCCGUUGGUGUACCGAGUGAAAACAGAGCAGCCAGCCAGCCAACCGGAAGCCACCGCCGCUCAUUCGGUGGUUUGCACUCCCGUCGCCAAGCGGCUGUGGGAGGGCGGCAGCAGCCGUGAUGGAGGCGGAGUAGGCUCGGGCGCGGCGGGAGGCGGAGCCAGAAAGGCGGCACGUUACUCCCAGGAAGCAAUACGGGGCAGCGCCAUCCAGAGCCCGGGAGCCCUCGGAUUAGCCAUGGGUAUGGGCGCCACAGCAACGAGUCUUGCCGGAAUAGCGGCAAGCAGCGGCGCUGCCGGCACCAACGGGAGCUCUGCGUCCGGCGUCGGCAUGUCGGAGGGUGCCAGCCCCGGCACCUUGAGCACCUACGCUAGUGACUCCCCCAUCAGCUACCAUGACGAGGAGGAAGAAGAAGAGGGCGCGGAGGAGUGUGCGGAAGAGCAGUACAGACAAAUCUGCAACAUGUACACCAUGUACAGCAUGCUCAAUAUGGGCGCUGCAGCUGCUGGUGAGCGGGUGGAAGCCCUCCCCGACCACACAGAGACACGGGGGCGCAUGCGGGGCAGAGACCUCACGUGUCUCCCUGCAGAACUUAUUGCCCAGAUAGGAAACCGCUGUCAUCCAAAAUUAUACGAGGAAGGGGAUCCUGCUGAGAAACUAGAGCUGGUCUCAGGUACGUCGGUGUUUAUUUCUCGAGCCCAGCUGAUGAACUGUCACGUGAGUGCAGGGACCAGACACAAGGUGCUGCUGAGGAGGCUGCUGGCCGCCUUCUUUGACAGGAAUACGUUAGCUAACAGCUGUGGGACGGGCAUCCGCUCAUCCACCAAUGACCCAAGUCGCAAGCCGUUGGACAACAGAGUGCUGCAUGCUGUCAAAUUUUAUUGCCAGAACUUUGCCACCAGCUUCAAAGAAAGCGAGAUGAACGCCAUCGCCGCCGACAUGUGCACCAACGCCCGCCGCGUGGUCCGCAAGAGCUGGAUCCCCAAGCUCAAACUCCUGAUCGCCGAGAGCGACGCCUACUCCGCCUUCCUCUCUGACGGCGUCAAAGCCGAAGACGACACCUUGGGCGCCGACGCCACGUUCGACCCUGCCUCUCUGGAUGCCUCCGGCGGCGCGGGCGUGGAGUCGGGCGGCUCUUCAGGUGAAUCUCUUCCGGGCGUGAGCGGGGACGUCGGGGCGUUGUUUUGAGCCUCGCGAUGAUGGCGGGACGUUUUAGCGCGACACGGGCACGGCAGUAUUCCCCCCCCCCCCCCUGUUGUGCUUGGCUCACUCUCACAUCUCGACUGUCUAUACUACACUGCUACGCCUGUAACCCGGACACAUGCUUUUUUUUAUGUAUAACGAAGCGUGGGGGCGGAGCUUGAGGCGUCAUCCCGCCUCUCCUCGUCCUUGAAGGUGUGUAAGCACAUUCAUUGUUGCGUAUGACUUACAUUCCCGGUUGGUAGCGCGUGGUGGCGGAGUGGGAGGCGGGGAGUACGCGGUGGUGAAUGUAUUGAAUGUAAGGGUUGCUGACAUUUUUUUUAGUACAGAGUGAACACUCUUCUCGCAUCUUCCACGUUUCCUUCACCCAGCCUCGAGUCGUGUCUUAUAUAUAUAAAUAUAAAUAUAUCCCCUUUUAUUGUUUCCUAUAUUUUUAGCAAGCUGAAAGGUGAUCAGAGAGGCAGAAAGGGGCGGAGCUUUUUACCGAGACCAUUUCCAUGGAAUUUUAAAGGGCAACAGGUAAAUCAAAGAUGGGGAUAUUUUUAGAAGAGAAGCUAUAUUUGUACGAGCAAGGCCAGGCUUUUUUCCGUGUUUAAACGGAGAGCGAGUCUUGGUCCAAUGAGGAGAAGUGCUGUCUUUUUAAUAGUAAAAAGUCAUCUUAGUACUGGGCCCUUAAUAAUAAUAAUAAUAAUAAUAAUAAUAAUAAUAAUAAUAAUAUCAAUAACGACUGACUGUGCAGAUUAAUGAAGCGAGCAGUUGAACUGCUAGUUUUGAAGCGUUUCACGAUUCGGCCGGCGUGUCUGUUGACUAUGAUGACAAUGAUGUGUGCGGAGGUUGCAGCCCGAAAACACGGAGUCAUGUUGUAGCGUGGGGGGGGGGGGUGUCCAAAGUAAUUCAAGAAGAAAACAAAAACUACAAAAAUGGAAAAAUCUGAAGUAAUUUUACUUUACUUUGGUUUUAAUUUAAUAUAAUUUUCUGAGAAUAACAUAGUAGUCAUAAUGUGAAGGAAAAAUUCCGGCAUUUUAGUAGCAUCAAUUUUAAAUAUUCAAUAAUUUUUUUAACGCUGUAAUAUGUGGAAAAAACAACAACAGUUAUAUUUUUUUCAAUUAUUAUGUUGCAGGAAAAGUUUAAAGUCCAAAUAUUAUGGGGAAAAAAUCAUAAUUACAAAAAGAAAAGGUUAAAGUCCAAAUAUUAUGGGGAAAAAAAUCAUAAUUACUAAAAGAAAAGUUUAAAGUCCAAAUAUUAUGGGGGAAAAAAAUCAUAAUUACAAAAAGAAAAGUUUAAAGUCCAAAUAUUAUGGGGAUAAAAAAUCAUAAUUACUAAAAGAAAAGUUUAAAGUCCAAAUAUUAUGGGGAUAAAAUAAUAAUUACAAAAAGAAAAGGUUAAAGUCCAAAUAUUAUGGGGACAAAAUCAUAAUUAUAAAAAGAAAAGUUUAAAGUCCAAAUAUUAUGGGGAUAAAAUCAUAAUUACAAAAAGAGUUUAAAAUCAUUAUAAUAAAUUCUAUAUAAUUAUUUUAUUAUGAUUCUAAAUUUUAAAAACGCAGAAAUAAGAAGAAAAAAAUUGCUAGAAUUUUAUGACAAAGUUAAAAUAUUAAGAGAAAAACUGACAUAACUAAAAAAAAAAAAAGCCUGUAAUAGGAGGAAAAGUUUAAAGUCCAAAUAUUAUGGGGAUAAAAUCAUAAUUACAAAAAGAAAAGUUUAAAGUCCAAAUAUUAUGGGGAUAAAAUCAUAAUUACAAAAACAAAAGGCUUUAAUCAUUUAGCUAAAUUCUAUAUAAUUAUUUUGUUAUUAUUUUAAAUAAAAAAAUUGUAAAACCGCAGAAAUAAGAAGAAAAAAUUUGCUGGAAUUUUAUGACAAGGUUAAAAUAUUACACGAAAAACUGACAUAACUAAAAAAAAAAAAAAAAGCUUGUAAUUGGAGGAAAAAAACUUCAAAUACAAGAUAAAUUUAAGACAAGAAAGUCCUAAUGAGAAACAAAAUAAAGUAGUAUGAUGGCUAAUUAUGUCAGGGGAAAAAAUUAUAAUAUUAUAGGAAUAAAAAUUCAUAAGAAAAUUCACUCAAACUUAUAUUAAAAUAUUGAAAAAUAAAGCACAGCAAAAAUGGGAAAAAAAUAGCAAACACCAAAGUUGAUAUUAAUCUACUUGUAUCACAAAGAUGGGAUGCAGGAUUUUUUUUUUUUGCCCCCCACCCCUUCAUGGGAAAGUUUUGGACACCCCUUGGGUGUAACUUCUAAAGUAGUCAUCAUAUUUAUGGAAUAUUGGAAUGUGCCUUUUUGAAUUGAAAUCAAUACGCGGAAGCGUGGUCGGCAAAUGGGAAGCAAUAUUGCUGUUUGUUCUUGGUACUACCUGUCAAUGUGUGUGUGUGUGUGUGUGUGUGACGGAGAAUCAACGUUGUGCCCGUGUUUAUUUUGGACUUCCUUUCCCCGUGAGGCCGGGUGGAUCUUUUAGACGCACCUUAGGGAGAAGCAGCAGUGGUUUGAGCACCUUAACUGAAGUGUAGCAAUUUUCUACCCCUUCCUUUUUACAUCAUUUUCAAAUGCUUCUAUUCCAAAACGUCACUUCCUGUUACCAUAUUAAUGACUUUGUUACUGACGUUGUGUGUGUGUGUGUGUGUGUGUGUGUGUGUGUGUGUGUGUCAUAGCUGAUUGAAGCAUGCAUGCGUUUAAGAUAAAAAGGUGAAAAAAACGGUCUAUUUUUCUUAAGACGGGUUGCAGUGUCACGACGCUGCUUCUUUUUCCAUUCCUCGUCCGCUCGACAAAACCUCACUUUUAACGAUGCACAGCACGCAAUUCUUCUUUUUUUUUUUUUUUUUUUUUCAAAAGCGCAAGAAUGUGUGUGUGUGCGUCCAGAUGAAAGCGAAUCCAAGAGAGAUGCAGUACUUUGGGAUUAAGCAGUAAAUAAAUAACUACAAAACCUCAUAACGAGCACUCCGCUUACCUCGAACCAGUAUCUUUCAAGACUGUUGUGCUUCCUGGUUUGUUCACCUCCACGUUUUUUUUUUCUGGUGUUUUUCGUUCAUCUCGCUGCUUGUCUCUCGGCUUUAUUGGCGUCACGGUUGUUGUCGUGUCCUCCCAACGUUUCCUUUUGGAGAAAUGACGACGUUUAUUGGCUUUUUUCGCUACCCUCACAGAUGUUGGAUACUCUGAAAGGAACUAGUCUGUUUAUUGACUGUUAGGAAUUUUGUCUUUGUGUGGUAUUGAUUGUUUAUCCCACCCUGAAAGAGAGAUUCGAACAGCCUCACUCAUGGGGCUGCUUUAUUUUUUUAUUGGUAUUUUUUCCACUUUUACUAUGGGGAAAAAAUAAUAAUAAUCGUCACCCAUCAUUUAAGUUGCAAGAAUUUUUUUCUGCAUGCUUUGAAUUGGAAAAGGUAGCACCAUCAUGUGGACAAAUAUAAAAUAUCCUAACUUCAAUAAUUGCAUGAUUUUUGACCGACCGCAUUAAAUGGAAAUUUUAGAUUUUUUUUCACGUUUGAAGCUAAUUUUUUGAAGCUUUUUAUGAUUUUUUUUCCCACAUUUUUUUUUACAAUAUUUUAUUUUCUAUUUUAGAAUUUAUUAUUAUUACUUUAAAGCUAAAGUAUCCUCAACUUUCACCUAUUUUUAUUCAACACAUCUAAAAUAAUUAAAAAAAAAUAGUAAAAACAUACAUAAAAUGUCCAAAUGGGGGUGCAAUACUUGGCUUUGACCAGCAGAGGCGCUGUUGAGUCGGUUUCAACUUGUUUGUGUUGCGUAAAAAUGAGUAGCCCGGUGAACAACCACGUACAAGUAGCAUGUAAAGAUUUAGUUGUUAAUACUUAUUGGACAAAAUGAAAAAAAAUAAUAAUAAUCGUCACCCAUCAUUUCAGUUGCAAGAAAAUUUUUCUGCAUGCUUUGAAUGGGAAAAGGUAGCACCAUCAUGUGGACAAAUAUAAUAUAAAAUAACCUAACUUUGAUAAUUUCAUAAUAGCAUUAAAUGGCAAUUUUAGAUUUUUUUUUCACGUUUGAAGCAAAUUUUUUUUAAGCUUUUUAUGAUUUUUUUCCCACAUUUUUUACAAUAAUCGGUUUCAACUUGUUUGUGUUGGGUAAAGAUGAGUAGCCCGGUGAACAACCACGUAGAAGUAGCAUGUAAAGACUUAGUUAUUAAUACUUAUUGGACAAAAUGUGUCUAUCGGGAAAAUGAACAAGUCAUAAAUGUAUUAUAAUAAUUAUUCAUUCAUUCAUUUUCUACCGCUUUUUCCUCACGAGGGUCGCGGGGGGUGCUGAAGCCUAUCCCAGAUUAUAAUAAUUAGACUAAUUAAUUUUUUUUAAAUAAUUCAAAUAUUAAUUAUAAUAUUAAACUAAAAUUAUUUUCUCAUUUAAUUUUUUUGCGGUAGAAAAUGAGGGUCGCGGGGGUGCUGGAGCCUAUUAAUUAUAUUAAUUAAAAUUCUUUUUUUUAAAUAUUAAUUAUAAUAUUACAUUAAAAUUAUUUUCUCAUUUAUUUUUUUGCGGUAGAAAAUGAAUUAAUGAAUAAACAUAAUCAAGCAGCCCCCCCUACUGGUGACAGUCAAGUAGUGCACUCCAUUCUUUACUCUUUCUGCGUCAACAAUCAAUCCCACGCAUUUGACAAAAUUCUUAAUGAUGUUUUUGCACUAUUCCAAAAUCCUAUAUUAAAAAAAUAAGUGGAACUAAAACCCAAUUUGUGGCCAUUUAAAGCCACAAUAAUAAUAAUAAUAAUAAUAACGAGGUCCUAAACGAGAUUGCAGAGAUGCAGCGACUGAUCUAUAUUUACAUCCGAGUGAUGACUCAUUGACUCACGCUGCAAUAUCAGCUGUGAAUCAGCACUAUUUUCUCACAGGAAGGACGCGUUUGCUUGCUUUUUUUUUUACGUCAGCAGCCGAGUCACAAUAUUCCACUGUGGGGGGGCCACCCCCCCAUCUCUGACCCCCACCCCUCAGUAAGUGUUGUAUGUGUGCAAUGCAUUUCAUCAAAUGUGUUUACACGACAUGUAGACCUACACACUUGAACAGGUGAAGUUGUGGCAUGGCAUGGAGAUCCUUGUGUCACACAAUGGUACAUAUAUAAAUAUGAUAUAUACAUGUAUAGAGAAAUACUGUACAUUAUACAUACACACGUAGAGCUAAGAUUGUUUGUUGUACACUCACAGCAUGAGGUAUAUACAGUAUUUACCCCCAGAAAUGGCGCUGCUGCUUCUUCUUCUUCUUCUUCUUCUUCUUCUUCACAACCCGUGCAGUACUGGCUUGGCCUGUGUAACCCUUGUAGCGCCAGUCCACCUCCUCCUUCUUCUUCUUCUUCUUCUUUCUGUGUUCCAAGUGCCAAUAACUUUGUGAAAGCCCUGUAACUGUGACCCGACAUUAUCAAAAGGUAAUUGCACAUUAACACCUGUAAAAUACAUACAAAAUAUGAAUAAUAAAAACAAUGUGUCCAAAUGGAUUCAAUGAUGAAUAUCUUAAUAAAAACAUUUGUAACAAUUUUGUCUCGUCGGUUUGGUUUAUUGCCAAUGCAGGCACUAUUUUUUUUUUUGCUUUUGUUUGACAAUUAUGGAUUAAUUUUUAUCAUAUUUGUGGUGUUAAUCUGAUUUUUUUUUUACUGUAGGAAACGUUAUUACAUUGUAUUGUAUUGUCAAUUGUAUUUUACAAGUCAGUUCCGCCCCCUUUUGGCUCGUGUUAGCAUUGCAGGUACUUAUUGACAAUGCAGGCACUAUUUUUUGGCUUUUGCUUGACAAUUAUGGAUUAAUUUUUUUAUCAUAUUUGUGGUGUUAAUCUGAUUUUUUUUUUUGCUUUAGGAAACGUUAUUACAUUGU